AUGUCGCUAAAAACAAAAGACGUCGUACUUUCUGAAGAUCGGCCUAAGACUUUGUUAUUACAGAAGCAUUCCGACUAUUUAGCUAGCUACGGUCUAAAUAAAAACGAUUAUGAAUAUUGCAUGACAGAAUAUUUAAGAAUGUCUGGUAUUUACUGGAGUCUAACCGCGAUGGAACUUAUGAAUCAGUCGUCCAGGAUGCCAAAAGAGGAGAUUAUAUCAUUUAUAUCAACCUGCCAGGAUAGUGAGAGUGGUGGUAUAUCAGCUUGCAACGGCCACGAUCCACACAUGUUAUAUACUCUGAGUGCUGUUCAGGUCUUGGCUAUGUAUGAUAGACUGGAUGCAAUAGAUGUUGAAGGUGUGGUCAAAUUUGUGAGUUCCCUGCAGCAAGAAGACGGAAGCUUCUUUGGUGACAAAUGGGGUGAAGUUGAUACUCGGUUUUCAUUCUGUGCGGUGAUGUGUCUCUCAUUGCUACAUCGUCUUGAUGCGAUCAAUGUUAACAAGACAGUCGACUUUGUAGUGAGUUGUAUGAACUUCGAUGGUGGCUUCGGAUCAAAACCAGGCUCGGAAAGUCAUGCAGGUCUUAUUUACUGUUGCGUGGGGACUUUAUCAAUAUGUAAACGAAUGGAAGUCCUAAAAGCAGACGAGCUUGCUUGGUGGCUCUGUGAAAGACAACUUCCCAGUGGUGGCCUUAACGGUAGACCUGAGAAAUUACCUGACUUAUGUUAUUCUUGGUGGGUCAUGUCAUCUUUAUCUAUGUUAAACAGAAUACAUUGGGUUGAUAAGAAAAAUUUGGAACAAUUCAUAUUGGCUUGUCAAGAUUCAGAGACGGGGGGCUUCAGUGAUCGUCCGGGCGAUAUACCAGAUCCGUUCCAUACUUUAUUCGGCUUAGCUGGCUUAUCCCUUCUAGGAGACACUAGUAUUAAACGAGUGAACCCAACAUAUUGCAUGCCUCAAGAAACUAUAGACAGCGGUUUAUUAACAUCGAAUUUGUUUCAAGAUAUCAAAUCAGAGUAUGAUUACAUUAUAGUUGGAUCUGGCACCGCUGGCUCCCUUAUAGCACAUAGACUAGCAGAAACCAACUAUACGUAUAUAGUAAUCGAAGCCGGAGGUUUUGGUCAUCAUUUUCAUGAUAUCCCAGCAUUUGGACCAUUACUUCAUGGAUCGCAAUACGACUGGGGGUUUGAGACAGUUGCACAGGAUAAUGCAUGUCUUGCUAUGGAUGGCCAUAAAUGCAAACUUUCACAAGGAAAAAUAUUUGGGGGUUCAUCCAAAAUGAAUAACAUGAUACAUGUUAGAGGAAAUAUAUCUCAUUAUGUUGAUUGGUUUCACGGUAAAUAUACUAAAGAGUAUAUUGAAGAACAGUUUAAUUAUAUAGAGUCUGAAAUAUUUAAUUUAAGUCAUCUCCAAUAUGAUAGUAAUUUAAGUGAUGCUAUAUUAAAUGCUACCAAGGAAUUAGGUUAUAAGGAAAUAAAACAUUUUGAUAAUGGAUUUAUGAAAUCAACUGUUACCCAAUAUAAUGGCAAGAGAUGGACAACAUCACAUCAAUUAGAUCCAGCUAAUGUUUUAACUCAUGUGUUAGUUGAAAAACUAUUAAUAGAAAAAUCUAAGUGUAUCGGUGUUAAGACAAGUAAUAGAAAAAUUCUAGCAAGGAAAGGUGUAAUUCUUAGUGCAGGGACAAUCAAUUCAGCUAAAAUACUUCAGCUUUCUGGCAUAGGGCCGUCUGAACUAUUGAAAUCUCUUAAUAUACCAGUAGUAAAGGAUUUGCCAGUGGGAAAAAAUCUUCAAGAUCAUAUUGGUACUGGUUUAGAUUUGGUAUUGUUUGAUGAACCACAGUCAGUUACAACUUCAGAUAUUAUGGAUCCAAUGAGUGUUGUUCAAUAUUUCUAUAACGGUAAAGGUCCUUUGACUACUCCGGGAUGUGAAGUUAUUGGUUUCAUUUCUACCAAAAACGAAGAAAUCCCUGACAUACAGUACAUGGUAUUGCCAGUUGGAAUAACUUCAGAUAGAGGUUCACAUUUAAGAAGGAACCUUGGUAUUUCCGAUGACAUAUGGAAAAAUUACUUCGAAAAAGUAUUUCAUAAGCACGCAGCGACAUUUUUUCCUAUAAUACUACAUCCUAAAAGUAAAGGUGAAGUGAAAAUACAAAGUAAAAAUUCAAAUGUGCCGCCUCUAAUUAAUCCGAGAUAUUUAUCUGAUGAAAAUGACAUCAGAAGUCUGGUUGAAGGUGUUAAGUUUGUAAUUAAAUUAUUAAAAACCGAAUCACUUAAAGUCAUAGGGGCUCACUUGAAUGAUACACCAUUUCCGAGUUGUAAGAAAUAUAAAAUGUUUUCUGAUUUAUAUCUUAAAUGCUAUGUUCAACAUUUGACUUUAACGAGUUAUCAUCCAGUGGGUACAUGUUCCAUGGGGCUGCCAGAUUCAAUAAAUACAGUAGUGGAUACUUCAUUUAGAUUGUUAGGAGUAAAAAACUUGUAUGUUGUCGAUGGUUCAGUGUUACCAACAUUACCAAGCGGUAAUAUUAACGCCGCCAUUGCCAUGAUGGCGAACUUAUUUUUUGAAAAUGUAAUACUUAAAAAUAUUGAUAAAAUUGAAACUUGCCAAAGAAUUUUCUUAGUGGAAUUGUUACAUAGGGUAUGCUUAGUUGGAUAG